GAAGUCCUCCGGAGCGACGCCGGGGAGGUAGAAGGAGCGAGCGCCAUGGAUCAGGAAGAGGAGGAGGAUUAGAGCGCGGAACGAGAGAGAUCUCCUCAGAGAAUCCAUGGAGAGCGAGCGAGAGAGAGAGAGAGAGAGAGAGAGAGAGAUAUGCAUAGCUUGAAGGUUUUAGUGAGAGCCAGGCGCUCGCUUCACAAGCUCGGCUCUUUCCCUCACCAGAGAAGUUUCUCUGCUCAGCCCCAUUACGGUAGCUACGACGACAUCCAAGACCAGGUUUUAGUGGAUGGAAGAGCCAACUCAAGAACUGCGAUCCUCAACAGACCAUCUGCUCUUAAUUCUCUCACUACUUCAAUGGUGGCCAGGCUAAAGAGGCUUUAUGAAUCAUGGGAAGAGAAUCCAAACAUCGGGUUUGUGGUGAUGAAGGGUAGCGACAGAGCUUUCUGCUCAGGUGGAGAUGUCGUUGCCCUUUAUCAUUUGCUCACUGAAGGGAAUAUUGAGGAGUGCAAAACUUUUUUUGAUACAUUAUAUAAGUUCGUUUAUGUGCAAGGGACAUAUUUGAAACCACAUCUGGCUAUUUUGGACGGUGUCACUAUGGCAUGUGGAGCUGGGAUUUCUCUCCCUGGAAUGUUUCGAUUGGCAACUGAUAAAACUGUUUUUUCCCAUCCAGAGGUUCAAAUAGGAUUUCAUCCAGAUGCUGGAGCUACCUUCCACCUUUCCCGUUUACCUGGCUAUCUAGGGGAAUACCUGGCUCUCACGGGGGAUAAGCUUAAUGGUGUGGAAAUGGUUGCCUGCCGCUUGGCUACUCAUUAUUCACUAAAUGCGAGAUUGGCUCUGAUCGAAGAGCGUCUUGGUAAACUGACUACGGAUGAUCCAUCUGUUAUAGAGACAUCCCUUUCACAAUACGGUGAUCUUGUUUAUCCUGACAGGAGUAUCAUUCAUAAGAUUGAUGUGAUUGAUAAAUGCUUUAGCCAUGACACAGUCGAGGAAAUUAUUCAUGCACUGGAAAUUGAAGCAGCUGACUCUUAUGAUGGAUGGUGUGCAAUGACCCUCAAGAAACUAAGAGAAGCUUCUCCAUUGAGCUUAAAAGUGACCCUAAGAUCAAUUCGCGAAGGCAGAUUCCAGACUCUUGAUCAAUGUUUAACUCGGGAAUACCGAAUAUCCCUUCGUGGAAUUUCUGGAGAAGUUUCCAAAGACUUCUGUGAGGGUGUUCGGGCACGGUUAGUGGAUAAGGACUUUGCUCCAAAGUGGGAUCCUCCAAGUUUGGAAGAAGUAACCAAGGAGAUGGUCGACUUUUAUGUCUCACCUCUUAUAUCCGAGCCCGAGCUAGAACUACCCACCGCCUCGCGAGAACCUUAUGUAUGACAGAUGUAUGAAUGCUGGUGAGUUUUCACCAUCUUCAGUUUUAUCGAUUAGGUAUAAACCGUGUGAUUUAAUUUUAUCCUGGUUCUUGGAUACCCUCGACAGUACAAGAUCUGUCAAUCAUGUUUUCCUUGUAUGUUAGAUCGUUCUCCCAG